UGGGUGGGUUUGUGUGUUGCCCACAGCACGACGCGCGCGCGACUCAUCAGUACUCGGUGUACUCAGGCUUCAUUAAUGCUCUCUCUCUCUCUCACACACACACACACACUCAAACACACUCACACACACACACACACACUCCGGGACAAUCUCAGCCUGUUCUCUGUGAUCAUGGACCUGCUCACCUGUGUGCUCCUGUGGAUCUCUGUGCUGCUGUCCGGUCCGUUCGGUGCGCGCGCCUUCAUGCUGCCGGACAUCGGUGACCCCGACUUCAUCCGCACGUGCGUGCAGACGCAUAACGUUUACCGCUCACGAGCUCAUCCGCCCGCAGCCAACAUGCGCUCCAUGAAGGACUACAGCGGCUCCACUGCAUGUCUUUUGCAGCGCGUUGUGUUGCUUUGCUGUACAUCACAACCUGAGGACACACAAACUAACACAAUGUCUCAUGGUCCUGGAGCAGCUGUUACUUCCUGGGAUAAUACACUGGCAAGAGGUGCCCGGUCCUGGGCGAGACAUUGCAAAGCAUCCCAUAACCCUGUGCUGAAGCAGGAGGGCAAGGCCCACGCAGACUUCCGGCAAGUCGGAGAGAACAUCUGGCUCGGGGCUCCGUAUUCAGCCUUUACAGUCGAGUCAGCAAUCAACAGCUGGAACAAAGAGAGUGCUGAUUAUACACAUGGGAACAACACCUGUGCCAGAGUGUGUGGACAUUAUACACAGUUGAUGUGGGCGACGAGCUAUAAAAUUGGCUGUGCCGUACACGUCUGUUCCAGAGGAAUUGAAAACUUUUCCAAUCAUCCAGAGUCGACUAUUUUUGUCUGUAACUACGGUGACGCUGGCAACGUGUUUGGAUUCACUCCCUACAUCGUGGGUCUCGCCUGCAGCAAGUGCGGUGUAGAGAAAUGCAGAGACAAACUUUGCACCGAUCCGAUCCGAGACCAAGAUAAAAAAUAUGACUGGAUACCAGGGUGGGAUCUCGGCCCUGGCGGUUCGGCUCAGGGGCUCUCUGAUUGGCUGAACGGCUCCAAACUGCAGCUCCUGACUGGAUCGUUCUGGCUUCUUUACUUUUAUGCAACACACUGAAGUCACUCAAUAAACCGAAUUCCAUUUUAAUCAAGACUUAGAUUAAUACUAUUAUUAUUAUUAUUAUUAUUAUUAUUAUUAUUAUUAUUAUUAUUAUUAUUAUUAUCAUUUCUCAGCAUGACAGGGAGCUGACGUGGCGUAAAGUCCUGCUGUGUAGGCCUGGUGCAUCAUAUUCUCAUAUCUGCUCAUAUCAUUAGGAUAUUCUUCUAAAUAAUCUUUUCACCUUUCAUAUGAAUAUAUUAUAUUAUAAAAUAAACACAACUCUAUAAUU